AUGAUUUUUAUAAAUAUUAUUCGAGCGGUAGUCUCAGCAACAUUUGGUGUUUUAGCCAUUGCAGGCAGUGGUGCCAUUCUAACCCACACAAAAGUCAUGAACAAAUAAUUCACUACAACCCUAUCCAGUCUAGUUGAAAGGCUAUUCCUACCAUCUUUGAUUUUUACCAACUUUCUUAAAGCAGUCACAAUUAGUUCUCUAAUUACAUUAAUACCUAGUAUUAUCACAACCUUUUGCUGCUUAUUCUUUGGUUACUGCAUAGGAUUAUUUAGCAAUAAGUAUUGGAUCAAAGAAAAAAAACUAAACUCCAUUGUCAUUUUAUCAUCUGCAAACCCACACACUACUAAUAUUUAACUGCAACUUUCUUAUGGACUAACAACCUAUCUAUCAAAAAUGACUCAAUAACCAGAAAAAUAAAUUGAAGUGAAAUUAGUCACCAUAAUUAUUAUUUAAACUGUGAUAGUCAAUGCUUUAAGAUGGUCCAUAGGAAAAACAAUAUUAGAAUAGCAUGAAAGUGAUUAGAAUCAAGCUGAGAUUGAACUUUCUGAUCUAAGAAUAGCUUUGCCAGAAUAAUAAACGUAAAACAAAAAUGAAACAAAAGGAGAAAAGUCUUUUUGGAAUAUGCCUCUAUUAUCAGUGCUAGCAUCAUUAUGUUGUUUAGUUCUGUAUCCAAUUUAAGAUGAAUUGAUAAAUGACACAUUUCUCCACAGUGCUAUAUUCUUGCCUUUACAAACAAUCUCGAAAGCAACUACCCCAUCUGUCUUGAUGAUUCUAGGAUCUAACUUAUAUUUAAUUUAUUUUAAUAAUUCAUCCUAAUAAGAAAAGACAUCCACAAUCAUUCAAAUAGUAGCUAAUAGAUUAAUACUCUUACCCUUCCUAGGAUUGGCGACUAUUUUGCUAUUGGAUAAACUAUCAAUUAUGACAGACAUUUGUCAACUAUUUAUUUUAUUUAUAACAUUUUGCACUCCAUCUGCUAUAAAUAUUUUGGUCAUGGCCAAACAAUACUAAUAAAAUGCUGAGGAUGUUGUAUCAUUGAUUCUAUUAUAUGGAUAUAUAGGAUGUAUUAUUACAAUGCCUAUUUGGAUGAUAGUUUAUCUAGCCAUAUUCUAAAGCACCUGA